CUGCAGCAGAGCACCAGAAGAUGGAACUGAAAGAGUGUGUCCUCCUGUCGCUGCUGCUCACAGCGAGCUUCUGUUUGAUGAGGGGAUCCGAAACGGCUCUCCAGCCGAACCACUUCCUGUUUCUCCAGGUAUCAGAGCGAAUCACUGCAGAGGACUAAAUCCAGGCCAGCAGAAAUAAUUGUUUUUCAAAGUUUAAAUCGUCUUUCUUUGCAAGUCAGGUAUUUUUCACAUAGCAGAGCAGCACUGAGUGGAAAGGGACCCAAAACAAAAAAAACCAAAAAAAAAAAAAAACCAUCGAAACAGCUCAGGCUUCUCUGUUUGACCAAAGCUCAUUUCCAGAUAUUUCACUGCUGUGUCUGGUUCCAAAGUACACCUGAUUGUUUGAGGACACUGCAGAGGAUCAGCGAUGAUCCGCCCGCCUCUGCCCUGGAACCACACCCUGCAUGUUCCAGAGAGGAGCCCAGAUCUCCGGGAACGGUAGCAGUGGCCUCCAUCGGGGGGGUUCUGACUCUUCGUGGACCCACUGAGGGGAUUCUGGCUGACCGGAGCUCUGAGGCCACGACGCCUUCUGCAGGCAGAGAAGCGACGUCUAUCAGGUUACAAAGCUGCAAUAAAGCGUUUAGGGUGAAGAACGAGUCUCAUCGUGUCUGGAGCUGGAGUAGAGUUUGGAAAUAACUCUCCACAGCAGUCAUUCUUUAUUUCAGUUUCCAAAGCGGACAGAGGCGGAGCUGACACGGAUUCUAGGAAGAUCUGAUAGAGUUUCUUAGCUGUCAAUAUUUAAAUUGAUGUUUAUUUGGAACAUCAUACCUGGCGGUCAGCUCCUCUGACAUUAAUGUAGAGGUUUGGACACAACAUUUGAUUUAAGGACCGGUCCUUGAUUUCAGGUCCACUUCCUGCUCCACUCAUGAAUCCACAUCAACUCACGAUCGCCGUCACUGUGAAACUCGGUGUGCGGAGCGUCAACGACUCCGUGUUUGUGUACGGCAGCCUGGGAGGCCACGCCCUCCUGCCCUGCUCCGGGCUAAGCUCCGCCCACUGCUCCUCGGUGUCCUGGACCUUCUACAAAGGGGGGCGGGUCCGGUUCUCGGAGGAGGUCAGCGGAGGCAGGGUGAGGGCCGACUCGGACAAGUCCAACCGCACCUCCAUCAUGGCCGACUGCUCCCUCAGCCUGCGCCGCCUGCGGGUGGAGGACGCCGGCUCCUACGUGUGCCUGGAGCGGCGGGAGGCGGUCACCGACGUGUACCUGUCGCUGCUGACCGUGGCGUCGCCCUCCUCCGUCAUGGAGCUACGGCCCGGAGGCCGGCUGGUCCUCAGCUGCAUCCUCCACACCUACUACGACCCCGGCAGCUGCCGGGCCUACUCCAGCAGCCUGUUCCACCUCAGCUGGCGGGCGGAGGACGGCGGCGAGCUGCGCGGAGACAGACACCAGCUGACGGAGGACAGUCGCUGCAACGUCACCCUGAGCACCACCCUGCAGGCAGACGACCACCGCCGCCGGUGGCGGUGUCAGGUCAACACCAGCAGCUGGGACGGAGUCCAGUCCGUGGACUUCACGUCCACAUUCUGGUCUGAGGGCGCUGACGGGGACUCGGACCGGGUUCCCUCAGAGGUCCAGGAGUGCCGGGCUCCACUGCCCAUCAGCCAGGUGGUGCUGUGUGUGGUCCUGCCCCUCAUGGUGGUCUCUGUGGGACUCUUCACCUGGAAACUGGACCGCAACCGGGCCAAGGCUUCAGCAGCUGCCUGCAGGAUCCAGGAGACCAGAACCCUUCAGCUGGGAGGAGUCCACAUCAGUCCUGAUCCAGACCCGGAUCCAGCACUUGAAGUAGAGUCCUGGUCCUCACCCACCACAUGAACCACAACCCUGAUCCUGAUCCACCACACGAACCAGAACCCUGAUCCUGACCCAUCACAUGCACCAGAACCCUGAUCCCAAUCCAGUUAAUGAAGCUGAGUCCUGAUCCUGAUCCUGAUCCACGGAGCUCGGCUCUCAGCAGCAGAGGUUCCUGAUGGAUUGAUUCGGUUCUGGGUUCACUUCAGAUCAGAAUAAUUUGGUUCAGGUCUGGAAUAACAAGUGAAUCCUAAUGAGGAGGAGGAGGAGGAAGAGAAGGCGUCAUGCAGGACCAGGUCCCUCCAGGUUCCUUCAAGUACCUCCUGGUUCUUCUAGGUUCAUCCAGGUUCCUCCUGGUCCCUCUCGGUUCCUCCCUGUUCCUCCAUUUCUUUCCAGGUCCCCCAGGUCCUUCCUGGUUCCUUCAGGUCCCUCUCGGUCCCUCCAGGUCCCUCCAGGUCCCUCCAGGUCCCUCCAGGUCCCUCUCGGUUCCUCCCUGUUCCUCCAUUUCCUUCCAGGUCCCCAGGUCCUUCCUGGUUCCUUCAGGUCCCUCUCGGUCCCUCCAGGUCCCUCCAGGUCCCUCCAGGUCCCUCCAGGUCCCUCUCGGUCCCUCCAGGUCCCUCCAGGUCCCUCCAGGUCCCUCUCGGUCCCUCCAGGUCCCUCCAGGUCCCUCUCGGUCCCUCCAGGUCCCUCCAGGUCCCUCCAGGUCCCUCUCGGUCCCUCCAGGUCCCUCCAGGUCCCUGCAGGAACCCUGGCAGUGACGGAGUGAGGGAUCCACUCAGACCAGCAGAGGUUUGGAAACCUGCUGCUUUGUGUGAAGAU